GAAUACGACUGUCAAUAUUGUCAGUUUGAAAUACAUUUAAUUGGUGCUAUUAAACUUACAAGAUGGCUGAUGUUGAUCCUGAAACGCUGUUAGAGUGGCUCAGUAUGGGCCAAGGAGAUGAAAGAGACAUGCAGUUAAUUGCUCUAGAGCAGUUAUGCAUGCUGCUACUCAUGUCUGAUAAUGUUGACAGAUGCUUUGAAUGCUGUCCUCCACGCACAUUUCUCCCUGCAUUGUGUAGAAUCUUUUUGGAUGAACUUGCACCGGAUAGUGUCUUAGAAGUGACUGCUCGAGCUAUCACAUACUACCUGGAUGUUUCUGCAGAAUGUACACGCAGAGUGGUAGCAAUGGAAGGUGCUGUGAAAGCUAUUUGCAGUCGCCUAUCUGGAGCUGGAUUAGGUUCUAGAACUAGUCGGGAUUUAGCUGAACAGUGCAUAAAGGUACUAGAACUCGUUUGCGCAAGGGAAGCUGGUGCUGUAUUCGAAGCUGGUGGCCUUCCGUGUGCCUUGUGCUUUAUUCGAGAGCAUGGAGCUCGCGUACACCGAGACACCCUACACUCGGCAAUGGCUGUAGUCACUCGGCUAUGUGGAAAAGUAGAACCGCAAGAUAAAUCAUUACCAGAUUGCGUGGAAGCAUUGUCAACGUUACUUAGACACGAGGAUGCGCAUGUUGCCGACGGAGCACUUCGUUGUUUUGCGUCGUUGGCCGAUAGAUUUUCAAGGAGAAAUACAGAUCCUGCUCCUUUAGCGUCUAAUGGAUUAGUUUCUGAACUUUUACAUAGACUAUCGAAUGCAGCAGGGUCCGGUACAUCGAUAGCAGCAACUUCUGGAAAUCCAAAGACACCACCACCCUCCAGUACAGCAUCGACGAUUCCUGCGCCAGAAGCAAAAUCGUGCGCUUCUGUUUCUACUAUAAUUAGUCUUCUAUCGACGCUUUGCAGAGGAUCACCAUCUAUAACCCAUGAUCUACUACGUUCGGAGUUACCGGAUGCUAUCGAGAAAGCUUUAAAAGGCGACGAACGAUGCGCUCUUGAUUCAAUGAGACUAGUUGAUUUAUUAUUAGUUUUACUAUUCGAAGGCAGGUCAGCGUUAGGUCGUAAUACAACCGGCGGAUCUUCGGGCCCUUUGUUACCACGGUUAAGACGUUUGGAUAGCGCCGGAGAAAAGUCUCAUAGACAGUUGAUUGAUUGCAUUCGGUCGAAAGACACGGACGCGUUAAUAGAGGCUAUAGAUUCUGGUGGCAUCGAAGUCAAUUUUAUGGACGAUGUUGGCCAAACGUUGCUUAACUGGGCGUCCGCGUUUGGAACUCAAGAAAUGGUCGAAUUUUUAUGUGAUAGGGGAGCUGAUGUGAAUAAAGGUCAAAGGUCGUCCAGUUUGCACUAUGCCGCCUGUUUUGGAAGACCAGCUAUCGCUAAAGUAUUACUUAAGCACGGAGCGAAUCCCGAUUUGAGAGAUGAAGAUGGAAAAACCCCAUUAGAUAAAGCCCGAGAACGCGUGGACGAAGGCCACAGAGAAGUUGCAGCUAUAUUGCAGUCACCCGGUGAAUGGAUGUUACCAAAUCAAGAGCACAGAAAACCGGAAACGGAAACCGAGUUCACAGAACCGAAAGGUGAUCCCGAAAUGGCGCCUGUUUAUUUAAAACGGUUGUUACCGGUAUUUUGUGCAACCUUUCAGUCGUCUAUGUUGCCCAGCGUCAGGAAAGCCAGUUUAAGUUUAAUUAGAAAGAUGGUGCAUUACAUACAACCAGAACUGCUCGUUGAAACAUGCGGUUCUGAUAAAACAGGAGAUUGCGGCGCUAUGCUUGUCGAAGUGAUUGCCAAUGUGCUGGAUAACGAGGAGGACGAGGACGGACACUUAGUGGUUUUGCAAAUGAUACAAGAUUUGAUGAUAAAAGGCAAAGAUGAGUUUCUAGAACAUUUCGCUCGUUUGGGAGUCUUUUCGAAAGUUGCUGCGUUAGCCGGAUCACAAGAGACAGCACCGGAACCAGAAGCAGAGUCGAAUCAAGCCGGAGAAGAGCAGAAAAUGGAGGAUGCGAGAGAGCUUCUGGUUGGAAGAGCUUAUCAUUGGAAGGAUUGGUGUAUUUGUAGAGGACGCGAUUGUAUGUACGUCUGGUCCGAUGCGGCCGCCUUAGAAUUAUCAAAUGGAAGCAACGGAUGGUUCAGAUUUAUACUCGACGGGAAACUGGCGACAAUGUAUUCCAGUGGAAGUCCAGAAGGUGGAACGGACACCUCAGGAAAAGGGAGGAACACAGAGCCGCAUUCCACUGAAGAGAACCGCGGGGAAUUCUUGGAGAAAUUGCAAAGAGCACGCAGCCAAGUGAAACCUAACUCUGUGAGUCAGCCGGUUCUGUCGCGUCCCGGCACGACACGGCUGGUUGUUGGAAAUUGGGCAUUAUCGAGUAGAAAGGAGAGCGAAUUGUGCAUAAAUAAUAGCGAAGGUCUGCCGCAGUUAACGACAUUAAGGGAGGAUCUGCCUGGAUUUAUUUUCGAGUCGAAUAGAGGUACAAAGCAUUCCUUCACGGCAGAAACAAGUUUAGGCCCGGAAUUCGCAGCAGGCUGGGCUGGAAAGAGGGGAAAGAGGUUAAGAUCGAAGAUAGAAGCCAUCAAGCAGAAAGUGAAAAUGCAAGCUCAGGACAUCUGUGAGCGUUAUUUCAAAGCUGCUCAGGCUCAACCGCGCGGCGUGGUCGCCAAAUUAGGCGCGAUAGUCAGUCAGAUCGAGAAGGCCUGCCAGAAGCAACAAUCUGGGAACCGAGAAUGGCGUAAUAUAUUACAGAGCGCGCUAGAAGAAUUGAAAGUUUUAUUAAACGAAGAAGGAAAAGUUUCCGCUUACGAGCUGCACUCAAGCGGUCUGGUUCAAGCGUUGCUUACACUGUUGGCGGCUCCGCCUGGGCCACAGCCGCCGACAUUGCGAGCGACUAAGCUCCGGAUGCAACGGAUAGCAGUGUUUAAAACCUGUUUCCAUACCGCGGACGUGACCAGGGAGCAGAAUUCUGCUAAAAUUCUAGUCCAUAAAUUGGUCUCGGUCCUGGAAUCCAUCGAAAAAUUACCGGUCUACUUGUACGACACACCAGGCUCCGGUUACGGCCUGCAAAUUCUGACGAGAAGGUUACGGUUUCGGUUGGAAAAAGCGACUGGCGAAAGCUCUCUGAUAGACCGAUCUGGUCGUAGCUUGAAGAUGGAACCGUUGAGCACUAUACAACAACUGGAGAAUCAUUUAUUGAAAAUGGUCGCGAAACAGUGGUACGAUCACGACCGAUCCACGUUCACGUUCGUGAAAAAAUUGAAGGAGGGGAAUAAGGUCACGUUUAAAUAUCAAUACGACUUCGACGAGAACGGUUUGCUGUAUUGGAUCGGCACGAACGCCAAGACAUGCUCUGAAUGGGUGAACCCUGGUCAAUACGGUUUGGUCGUUGUCACGUCCAGCGACGGAAGGAAUUUGCCCUACGGCCACCUCGAGGACAUUCUGAGCCGUGAUCCCUCGGCGUUGAAUUGCCACACGAACGACGACAAACGCGCCUGGUUCUCGAUCGACUUGGGAGUUUGGAUCAUCCCCAGUGCUUACACGCUGAGACACGCGAAGGGUUACGGCAGAAGCGCUUUGCGAAACUGGCUGUUCCAAGCCUCUAAGGACGGUGUCACCUGGACCACUCUGUAUGCUCACGUGGACGAUUCGUCUUUACACGAACCUGGCAACACAGCCACGUGGACGUUAGAGCUACCCGCGGACGAGACGCAAGGUUGGCGUCACUUACGGUUGCAACAGAUCGGAAAGAAUUCCUCUGGCCAGACACAUUACUUGUCCGUGUCUGGGUUCGAGGUUUACGGCGAGGUCACCGGAGUGUGCGAGGACUUGGGUCGCGCGGCCAGAGAAGCUGAGGCUGGGGUACGAAAACAAAGAAGAUUGAUUAAAACUCAGGUACUUCGUCAUUUGGUCGCUGGUGCUAGAGUGGCGAGGGGUCUUGAUUGGAAAUGGAGAGAUCAAGAUGGAAUACCGCCAGGCGAUGGUACCGUAACAGGAGAGUUACAUAAUGGUUGGAUAGACGUAACGUGGGAUCAUGGUGGCUCUAAUUCCUAUAGAAUGGGCGCUGAAGGGAAAUACGAUUUGAGACUAGUCGGUACCGGCCUCGAUACGGAUAGUGGAACGAAAUGUAAAACUGCUACUGGAGUUCUAACGGGACGGAAAUCUAGUAGUACCCCUAGUUUACCAGAUUGCACCGACACCGCGAUGCGUGGUUAUGUGGCGACUACGGAUCAAGCAGUGAGCGCAGAUAAUUUGGCAGCUAAGCAAGCCGCUGAAUCGAUAGCAGAAAGUGUGCUAUCGGUUGCUCGUGCCGAAGCGGUUGUGGCUGUGACCGGUGAAGGUGGAGCAAACUCGACGAGUGAAUUGUCCGUUGUAUUACAUCCACGGCCUGACACUACUGUGACAAGUGAUCUGGCGACAAUCGUCGAGAGCCUUGCUCUUAACACCGACUGUUCCACCAACAGUAACAGCAAUCGUGCAUCUAGUAGUUCAAAACCAUUGCUUGGAAACACUGUGCGAGGAAAUAAGCCGGUGACAAGUUUACUCGAAGCAGCCGAAGCACUUGACCGUGUCCGAGAAGGAGCUGACAGGCUACGCAAUAAUACUAAUAGCUUCUUGAGCGGAGAGUUACUUAGUUUAGUGCCCGUUAGAAUUAGCGUGUCAGGCGAAUCGGAAGAAAACUCGUUGAGGAUAAAGUCCGUUCAAAGACAUCACUCUGGAAUUGCCGAUGCUGCCAAAGAAUGCAGUCGGGACAAAGAAGCUAGCUCAUCUGCGCAAAAUACAACAGGUGGAUGUCCUGUUGUUGUUACCAAUCCUAUGUCUGUGUCUGUCCCCAAUCUUGCUUGUUCAGACGCUAACAAUACGUUGGAACCAACAACCGCUACUGGUUUAUUGGAAACUUUUACGGCGUUGGCACGGAGACGAACGUUUGGACCUACAGGUGGACAACACAUUGCUUCGAAUUCCAAUACCGGUUCGAAUUCCCGCGGACCAAACUCUGUGUCGAGUUUGGUUCGACUCGCCUUGAGUCCUAAUUUCCCUGGUGGUCUACUAAGCACUGCUCAAAGCUACCCAAGUCUGACCAGUAGUGGUCAAGUGGCAGGCAGCGGUGUUACAACAACGACUGGGCCUGGUUUAGGACAGGCGCUCACAAUGUCAUUAACCAGCACAAGCAGCGACAGCGAACAGUUAUGGCUACAGGUGAGUCUUGAGGACCUCUUGGAAUCUUGUGGAGGCGUUGCAAGUUCCAGCGCUGGUGGAGGUAGGACAACUGGCGGACCAACUCUUCUGACCGAAUUAGAGGACGACGAAGACGGUGUCCUUGAAGAGGAAGAGGAUAACGAUGAGAACGAUCAAGAAGAGGAUGACGAAGAAAACGAAGAAGAAGGCGAUGGCUGUGAAGGUGAUUAUGAGGAAGCAUUGGUAAGGCGUAAUCUACUGGCGGCAUUCAUGGAAGAAGAACCGUCUCAGAGCAGCAAGAGUCGUGCUUGGGAUGACGAGUUUGUUCUGAAACGUCAGUUCUCAGCCUUGAUUCCCGCAUUCGAUCCACGACCUGGUCGGACAAAUAUCAAUCCGACAACAGAUUUGGAAGUUCCGCCACCUGGCAGUGAAACUCAGUCCAGUGCUCGCGUAGGCUCGUUGCCUAUGCCGAGGCUUUCGUUGACGUUAAAGGGUCCAGGACUUCCAGGUGUACCGGAUGUCGAACUACCGCUUACGGAACCACACGCCAGUAUCUUCCAAGCGGUGCAGGAGUUGAUGCAGUUAACCGAAUUAGGAAGUCGACAGGAAAAGCUGCGAAGAAUAUGGGAACCAAUUUACACUAUAAUAUACAAAGAAUCCAGGGAUGAAGAAUCAUCCGGAAGAGCAACGCCGAUCGUGACACUGUACUCUCGUAAUGCCACCCAGAAUACUUCAGUUUGCACCGUGGAAGACGUUCUACAGCUUCUCAGGCACGUUUACGUACUAAGCACGACUCGUGACGACGGUAAACACAUAGAUUACGAAGAGUCCGAGGAGUCGACGUGUUGCAUUCAUCCGGACGACUUCACCUCAAAAAAGAUCACGAACAAGAUAGUCCAACAAAUUCAAGACCCGUUGGCGUUAGCUGCCGGGGCGUUGCCGAACUGGUGCGAAGAACUGGCAAGGAGUUGCCCGUUUCUGUUGCCCUUCGAAACUAGACGAUUAUACUUCAGUUGUACUGCAUUCGGGGCAUCGCGAUCCAUCGUCUGGUUACAGACGCAAAGAGAUGCCGUCCUCGAAAGACAAAGGGCGCCCGGUUUAAGUCCACGACGCGACGACAGCCAUGAAUUCCGCGUGGGUAGACUGAAACACGAACGAGUCAGUGUACCUAGGGGAGAGAAAUUAUUAGACUGGGCAGAACAAGUACUGAAGGUACAUGCAAGUCGAAAGAGUAUCCUGGAAGUUGAAUUUGUUGACGAGGAAGGAACCGGUCUUGGACCAACGCUAGAAUUUUUCGCGCUAGUCGCCGCAGAAUUGCAGCGCAAAGACCUAGGCCUGUGGUUGUGCGACGACGAGGAAUCGGACGACGCGGACCAAACCAGAGUCUCUGGUGACCAGGUUCGACCCGCAGGAUAUUACGUGACACGGCCAAGCGGAUUAUUCCCGGCUCCAUUGCCACAAGAUUCCGCCGCUUGCGAUCGUGCUGUACGAUACUUCUGGUUCUUGGGUGUGUUUCUGGCGAAAGUUCUGCAGGAUAAUAGAUUAGUAGAUUUACCGCUGUCCCGUCCUUUCUUAAAAUUAAUGUGUCGCGGCGAUAUCACAAACAAUGUAAAUGAAAAGAUCGGCCUGUCCGGCGUCAGUCAAGAAAGCAUGUCGUCCAGUAUGUCGAGCAGUUUCAUAUCGGAGGAGGGUGAAGCAGACACCGCGUACUCUUCGUUGGAACCGUCUCCGUGGUACGCUGGUUUAUUGGACAUCGAGGACCUUGUACUUGUAGACCCAGUUAGGGGCGAAUUUAUCAAAGCGAUCCAAACAGCUACCGCUAAACGCGACAGAACAUUCUCAGACGGUCGCAGUUCGGCCGACGAGGAAACAUCAUUGAACAUCAGUCAUCCGUCUGGAAUGUCUGUACCCAUCGAGAAUCUGGCUCUAACGAUGUCCUACUCGCCAAGCUCCAAAGUUUUCGGGCACGAUCAGGUGGAAUUAAUGGAAACAGGCGUGGAUGUUCCAAUCACUAUGGAUAAUGCGAAGGAAUACGCCGAUUUGACGGUUAACUAUUGCCUCGACCGAGGAAUCGCUAGACAACUUGAGUCGUUCAAAUCCGGUUUCUCGAAGGUCUUCCCGAUAGAGAAACUUCACGCUUUUAGCCCUGAAGAAAUAAGGGCUAUGCUAUGCGGCGAACAAAAUCCGCAGUGGACCAGAGAAGAUUUGCUCAAUUAUACUGAGCCGAAGCUGGGUUACACGAGAGAAAGUCCUGGAUUCCAGAGAUUCGUUAACGUUCUAGUUUCAUUGACCGGCCCAGAGAGAAAAGCUUUCUUACAGUUCGCGACUGGAUGUUCGGCUUUGCCUCCUGGUGGAUUAUGUAAUUUGCAUCCUAGAUUGACUGUUGUGCGAAAAGUGGAUGCUGGCUCAGGUGGUUAUCCUUCCGUUAACACCUGUGUUCAUUAUUUAAAAUUACCGGAGUAUCCUACCGAAGAGAUACUGAAAGAGAGACUCUUGUCCGCGACUAGGGAUCUUAAAGUGUGCGAAUCGAACUUUGCUUAA